AUGAUAUCUGGUCUGAAGAACACAACAUCAUCAUGGUUCGAAGCCUAUGCAGCCUUCUCCACAUGCAUCAUGAUCUUACAAACCGCCACCGAUCAACUUCUACCGCUGCGUAUUCGAUCGUUUAUCUUCUCAAUAUUCAAGCGCUUCUUCGGUUCUGAUGAUCAAUAUGACACGCUCACCAUCGACAACCGCUGGGAGAGCCAUUGUAACGAACUCUAUGAAGCUGCCAAACAACACCUGUCUUCCAAGAUUACUCGUGCAAACAAGAAUCUUAGAGUGGGAGUAGGGUGGGUCGACUAUGAAAUAGUAGUGGCCGUCCAAGAAGGAGAAGCUGUCGAGGAUGUCUUUGACAACAUCAAGAUUACCUGGAGAUUUUGCAUUGAGGAAGAUGCUUUUCGACCAUCUCAUAAUAAGCGUAUGUAUGUGCUAAGUUUCUCUGAAAAUGAUAGGGAGAAAGUCAUGGGUUCUUAUUUGCCUCAUGUCUUACGCACAUACAUGGCCAUCCAAAAGGAAAAGACGGAAAUGGAGAUCCACACAUGGGAUCGGGAUGAUAGAUCAUGGGAACCAUCCCCAUUAGAUCACCCAUCCACAUUCGACACACUUGCCAUUGAACCCGAGUUAAAGAAGGGUAUUGUCGAUGACCUUGAUCGAUUCCUGACGAGUGAGGACUUCUACAAGAAGGUUGGAAAGCGUUGGAAGCGCGGUUAUUUAUUGUAUGGCCCUCCUGGAACUGGAAAAUCCAGUCUGAUUGCGGCUAUUGCAAAUUACUCCAAGUAUGAUGUCUACAAUUUGGAGCUCUCCGCUUUUUCCUCCGAUGAUGAACUGAUGAUAGCAUUGCUUCAUUCGCCCGGUCGUUCCCUAAUUGUGGUUGAGGACAUAGAUUGCAAUAAAGCCGUCCAUGAUCGAUCAAAAGAAGUUGGCGUAGAUCCCAACUUCUCUAAGGUCACACUUUCCGGUCUACUAAAUGCCAUGGAUGGUUUGUGGUCAAGUAAUGGGGAUGAACGAAUCAUAGUGUUUACUACAAAUCACAAAGAACGACUAGAUCCAGCAUUGUUACGUCCUGGUCGGAUGGACAUGCACAUUCACUUAUCCUUCUGCACCGUUAAUGGGUUCCGAAUCUUAGCCUCCAAUUAUCUGGAUGUCCAAAGCCACCCACUUUUUGAACAAGUUGACCUCUUGCUAGAGAAAUUAGAAGUAACUCCUGCAGAAGUGGCAGAAGAAUUACUUAAAAGCGAUGAUGCUGAUGUUGCUCUUGGAGGAUUUAUUGAGUUCCUUAAGCAAAAAGAAAUUGAAGGAUGUAGAUCAAAACAUUGA